CUGAACCCUGGUCAAAACUUCCUCGCAUGCACCUCGUCAUCAGGUUUCCGAAUUAUUAGUAUUUUGCCUAUAUAUAGCAAGGUACAUUUCUCACGAUUCAUCGGCGUUGACAUGCAUACAUUUCCAGAAUUCCCCUCCCAUACUGCCUGCCCCUCAUGCCGCCCCACUCCAAAACCUACAUCCACCCUUCCUCCGGCGCAACUCUCGUCCCGCACCUCCGUCAAUUCCUCCCUCACAGUCUCCCGCUAUACAGAAGACUAAACCACUCCUUCAAGACUGAAGAUGCACUUAUCUUAUCCACGUUCCCACCACCCGAUCCGAACGCAGCGAGUCACGCAACACCCGCAGAGCUUCCCCGCCCUCACCUUCUCCCACAAUGUUUCGCCGCCGCCUUCGUCGACCGCUCCCACCGCCCCGCGACGGAGAUGUGGCUGUUUCUGAGCGGCGAAGUUGACGGCCGCUGUGCGUGUGCGCGAGAGCUGGGCGUCAGGCCUACGGGUGAUAUUGUCUCGGAAGGUCAGGAGGAUGCACAGCUCGGUCAUACCCAUGUUUCAGAUCUAGAUAGAGCUGCGCUGGAGUCGCGGGAACCGCUGCUGACGCCCUGCGCAUCUGCGCUGCUCUCGCUGAUGAAGUUCGUUGGGACGAACGUCGAGUGGCGCCCGCACACGGCCGAGCGGCUGGAAGACGUGGAGCGUGCAGCGCGGCUUGUCGACGCGAUGAAGAAGGCGGCGGAUGAGCAGCAUCCGGAGGCGAUGAAGUCGCAUUAUCCUGAGCAUGCGUUCUUCUUGCGCGACGUGCAUAAUCCGGGGGUGAUGAAGCUUGGCGCUGUGGCUGCGCUGCCGUCUACGAUUCUGCAUCUGUAUGGGCUGCUUGUUAUGCCGCCGAUACGUGAUCUUGCGCAUCAUAUGUACGUGUUUCGCGUACCCGAUGGGUUACCGCACGGGAGAGAGCUCGGGAGGGGAUUGAGGUGGGGGAAGGUACGUGAACAGGACUUGGAUCUUGUGAGGAUACGGAGUCCCAUACCGAAGACGCAUAGGACAUUGAAGAUUUGGAAUAGCAUGAGUGUAUAUUCAACUACGGACGGUACCAAGGAGUCAGGGCAAGAACACAGUUCUGAGGCUGUUGCAUGGGCGUUCUUGGGGUAUGAUGGAUCAUUGUCAAGCAUGCACGUUGAACCGGAGUAUCGGGGCAAGGGAAUUGCGAAGACAUUGGCAGCCAAGCUCUUUAGAGAAUAUCCCGAAGAAGAUGGCUGGGCAUUGGCUUAUGUUGGGGUCGGUAAUCGCGAGAGCGAGGCUGUGUGUGAGGGCAUUGGAGGAGUAAGUAAAGCUUGGGUGUGGUGGUUAAGGGUAAAUAUGGAUACGGUAAAAACCAUAGACACAUAGAGAAGAAUGUACGAGUCGAAAGUAGCGUGAAGCCUGAUCUAGCCUGCCACAAUGAUCUUACUGUGGAAUCUGUAUUGCCAUUAGUCAAAAUUCGCCCUGAUGGUGCAAAUAAACAGUGUUUCGAUUUUGGCAGGUGUCAUGAAAAAAUUAGAGUGUUGUUGUUGUUUUUGAUCCUCAUUGAGGUACUCAGAGUUAAAAAGCGUUUUAUUAAUCAUCCGAGGAAGAGAGCAAGUGUGAAUAGAGAUG